AUGAUCGCUAUUCUCAUCGUUCUUCUCUCGUUGGCUCGUCACCUGAACGCGUGUAGCGGAGGAUCCGGAUGCUGUGUGAUGAGAGCGGCUCAUCCGCCCAUAGCCAGCUGUGGAAGCGGGUGUCAGCAAGGAUAUCAGUGUGGCACUUAUGGAUGUACAAAAAGGAAGGCACUUUCUGCACUGACCGCUAGGAUAGAUGGUGUAAUAGUGGGAGACGACAACGCCGAAGAAGCUCACACUCCACCUCUCGACUCCAAUUCAGUCGUUGUCGCCACAAACUUCACGAAUGAUAAACUUAAGAAUCCAAAUUUCAUUUUCCGUACAUGUUGCGAAGCCAGAGGUCUUCCAGACGCUUGCCUUCGAUAUUGCCACUUCAACACCUACACUGCCCACACGUUGGAGCAAAUGUUUUACAAGAACGACGCCUGUCCUCUCGAAGCCGCUCAUGAAAUGCAUUACUGUGCAGCUCAAGGAAUGGACCAUACACAGUGUCUCACAACAGGAGUUUGUGGAGGAGGUGGUUACUGUGCACCACCCCCCGCUCUGCCCUGUCAGCCUUCGUCUUGCCAACCUGGAUACAGCUGUGGGCAGUACGGUUGCGCUAGGAAUCGAGCAAGAAGCGCGCUCACCAAAAAAAUAGAUGGGGUUUUCAUCGGCGAUGAUUCAGAGGAGUCAACGCCACUUCCGCGGGGUCUCGACCUCGAGGAAGGUUUCAUUGAAGAAAGGAACAUCUAUGGGAUGAAUCGCGCAGUGGGCAAAGCAAAACCGAGCAAACCCAUCACAACUCGAGAGCUUAUGGAUAAUGCCACCGUAGGGAAACUUAUGAAUCCGAACUUCAUCUUCCGUCAGUGCUGUGAACAGCGAGGACUUCCCGAUGCAUGUCUUAGCAAGUGUCACUUCAACACAUACACACGGGAUGCGCUGCAAUCGAUGUAUUUCAAGUCAGAUGGAUGCCCUAUUGAAGCGACUGCUGACAUGCACUUUUGCGCCGCUCAAGGACGAGACCAUACUGAGUGUUGCCGACGGAACGGAGUGACAACUACGUUGGCCGGAUACAAAUGUCUGACAUUCUGCGAUCAGCGACCUGACAAAAUUACCAAACUAGACUACUCGUACGUUCCGUGCUAUGAUCGAUUUGAACAAAUGAAACAAUGUUUCUACACUGACAUCCGAGAAAAAGCACGAAGGCAGUAUGGCACUCGCUAG